UAGCAUACAUGGCUAGGAAAAAUAAGGUGAAAAGACAGACACAAAAUAUACUUCUGGAUGAGAUCAAAAAAUUAGAAUCCAAAUUACAGCGGGAGCCAUAAGAUGAAAGAAUUAAAGAGGAAAUGACUCUGGCCAAACAUAAAUUAAAUAUAGUAGAACAAGAGGAAUUGACAAGACAAGCCUGUCCUGGCGUCCUUUGCGGCCCCAACAUGGAGGAGCUGACGGUGGAAGUGCGCGGCUCCAACGGGGCCUUCUCUAAGGGAUUCAUCAAAGAUGUUCAUGAGGAUUCACUCACAGUUGUGUUUGAAAACAAUUGGCAACCAGAACGGCAAGUUCCAUUCAGUGAUGUAAGAUUACCACCACCACCUGACAUCAAGAAAGAAAUUGGUGAAGGAGAUGAAGUGGAGGUUUACUCAAGAGCAAAUGACCAAGAGCCUUGUGGCUGGUGGCUGGCAAAGGUCCGAAUGAUGAAAGGAGAGUUUUACAUCAUUGAGUAUGCUGCUUGCGAUGCCACUUACAAUGAAAUAGUCACAUUUGAAAGACUUCGGCCUGUAAAUCAGAAUAAACCUGUGAACAAGAAUACAUUCUUCAGAUGUGCUGUAGAUGUUCCAGAAGAUCUGAGAGAUGCAUGUGCUAAUGAAAGUGCUCACAAGGAUUUUAAGAAAGCUGUAGGAGCCUGCAGAGUUUUUUACCAGGCUGAAACAACUCUAGUUCUGUCUGCCAGUGAGGCAACAGUAAAAAGAGUGGGCAUACUCAGCGACAUGCACUUGCGCAGCAUUCGAACCAAGUUAAUGCUCAUGUCGAGAAAUGAAGAAGCAACAAAGCAUUUAGAAUGCACAAAACAGCUUGCAGCAGCAUUUCAUGAAGAAUUUGUUGUCAGAGAAGACUUAAUGGGACUUGCAAUAGGAACACAUGGCAGUAAUAUACAGCAAGCCAGGAAGGUUCCAGGCAUUACUGCAAUUGAACUCGAAGAAGAUACUGGAACUUUCAGGAUCUACGGAGAGAGUGCUGAGGCAGUAAAAAAAGCUAGAAGCUAUUUGGAAUUUGUGGAAGACUUUAUUCAGGUUCCUAGGAAUCUUGUGGGGAAAGUUAUUGGUAAAAAUGGCAAAGUUAUUCAAGAGAUUGUGGACAAAUCUGGAGUCGUGCAAGUGAGAAUUGAAGGAGACAACGAGAAUAAACUACCCAGAGAAGAUGGAAUGGUUCCAUUUGUGUUUGUGGGUACUAAAGAAAGCAUAGGGAAUGUCCAAGUACUUCUUGAAUACCACAUUGCCUACUUAAAGGAAAUAGAACAACUACGGAUGGAAAGGCUCCAAAUUGAUGAGCAGUUACGUCAAAUUGGCAUGGGUUUUAGACCUUCAUCUACCAGAGGUCCUGAGAAGGAGAAGGGCUAUACCACCGAUGAAAGCACUCCUUCGUCUGUACAGGGUUCAAGGUCCUAUAGUGGAAGAGGCAGAGGCCGGAGGGGCCCCAAUUACACUUCUGGAUAUGGAACAAAUUCUGAGCUGUCUAAUCCCUCUGAGACAGAAUCAGAAAGAAAAGACGAACUGAGUAAUUGGUCCCUAGCAGGGGAUGAAGACAGGGAGGCCCUACACCAGCGCGACAGCCGAAGGCGUCCACCAGGAGGAAGACGUAGCGUUUCCAGGGGCCGGGGCCGAGGUGGCACCCAAGGUGGGAAGUCAUCUAUCAGUUCUGUGCUGAAAGACCCAGACAGCAAUCCUUACAGCUUACUUGAUAACAUAGAGUCUGACCAGACUGCAGACACAGAUGCAAGUGAAUCACAUCACACCACUAACCGACGCAGGCGAUCUUGCAGACGGAGGACUGAUGAAGACGCUGCCUUAAUGGAUGGGAUGACAGAAUCUGACACGGCGUCAGUUAAUGAAAAUGGCUUAGUUACAGUUGCUGAUUAUAUAUCAAGAGCAGAAUCUCAGAGUAAACAAAGAAACCUUCCAAAGGAAACACUGGGUAAAAACAAGAAGGAAACGGUGAAAGAUGUGAUUGAAGAGGUUGGCCUUUCUGAAAAAGCAGUAAAUGGCCCGGCAGUGGUUUCUGAGAUUGAAUCUUCCAAGGAGCAGCAUAGUCCUGAGGAAAAGCCUAAUACUAUACAAGAAGAUGGGAAUAAACAGGAAGAAGCUGUGUUGAAUGGCGUUUCAUAAACAAGAGUUCCUAGUUUACAGUUCUUUUACAUUACAUUUUACAAUAGUGCUUGUAUAAGCUUGCCAAAGAUAGAAUAUGGAUUGCGAGUCUUGACACCGCACUUUCAGUUCCUCCAUUUUGGAAAACA